AUGGAAAUUGAUAAUCAACAGUUAUUGCACAGAAACACAUAUGGUCCGGAAGAGCAAGUAUUGCUGAUAUCUCAAGUUGAAGAAGAGCAGGAGAAUCCAAUUUAUGAUAUUACAAUGGAAAAAGAAAUUGUAAUUCCUGUGGAAGAUCAGCACAUUGAAUCACUACAAAGUAUUGAAGGAAGAAAAAGGAAAGAAAAAGGAAACGCAAAAGAAUCUCCAUCAAUAAUAUUAAAGGAAAAUGCAUCACUGGAUGAUGUAAAACUUGGUUCUGUUUUUCAAGAUAAAAAUGCCAUGAUUAGAUGUUUUUGCUUAGCAGCUAUAAAGGAGCAUUUUGAGUUCUAUGUUAACAGGUCAAGUAACACGAGAUACUCUUUGGUAUGUACUGAUGAAAAGUGUACUUGGACUGUUCGAGGUUCAAGAAUUAAGGAAUCAACACUUUUUAAAAUAGUUAAAUUUCAGAGAACACAUGAGUGCUCAGUUGAUAUUCGAAAAUCAGAUCAAAGGCAAGCAACUUCAAAUGUGAUUAGAGAUUACGUGAUUGACAACUUAAGAGACAUAGCUACUGAGGUAAAACCUAAGUUUGUCAUUUUAGAGAUGAAAAGAGCACAUGGAAUUGAUGUUGGUUAUGGAAAAGCAUGGCAUGCUAUUCAAAAGGGGUUAUCUUUGUUAAGAGGAACAACUAAACAGAAUUAUGAGCAGCUGCCAUCAUAUUUGUAUAUGAUGGAACAAAAAAAUCCAGGAUCAUAUACAAAUAUUGUGAGAGAUGAAGAAAACAGUAUAUUAUACAGGAUGUUAGUGGUUGUCAUCCAGUAUAUUUUACAGGAUAUCUGUUUGUUUACAUGUUUUUUUAUGUAUGGGGCAUUAAUUUCUGGGUGGAAAUAUUGUAGACCACUGAUUGCUGUUGAUGGAACAUUUUUAAAAAAUAAAUAUAGAGGUGUUGUAUUAGUGACUGUUACCAAAGAUGCAAAUAACCAGAUUUUUCCUAUAGCUUUUGGAGUAGUGGAUAAAGAGAAUAAUGAAUCAUAUGAAUGGUAUUUCAGGGAAUUAAGAAAAGCAAUUGGGAUUCGUAAUGAUUUAAUAAAAGAAUCUGAAGCAAAGAAGAGUGAGAAACACUGUGAUCUCUUUCAAAGUGCUGCAAGAGUAUACCUUCAAUCAGAAUUUGAUGACUUCAUGUCCCAAAUAGCUGUUGUUGAUAAGAAAACUUUUAAUUAUUUGAUGGAGGAACCGCCAGGAAGGACACUUGCAGAAGGAAUAUUCCGUGAUAUAUCAAAUUGGGCAGAAGCAACAUUGGAAGCAAAAAUUCAACCAGCUUUUACAUUUAGAGUAUUGCCCACUGAUAGACUCAAAUUCAAUGUCAAAGAAGGUGGUAUGGAAUUUAUUGUUGAUCUAGACAAAAGAACAUGUGAUUGUUCUGAAUUUCAGCUAGAUGAGAUGCCAUGUGAACAUGCAAUUGCUGCAAUUGAGAGUAUACAUCAAAAGAAAUCGGCCUUUUGCUCAGCCUAUUUUUCAAGGGACUUUUGGUUGAAAACGUAUGAAGGGCAAGUAAAUUUUGUAGGUGAUGCAACAACAUGGGUUAUACCAGACACUAUUAAAUUAGAAAUCACUAAGCCUCCAGAUGCCAAAGUACUGCUAGGAAGAAGACAGAAGAAUCGACAUGUUUCCGGUACAGAAUUCAAGAAGGAACCAAGAUGUAGUCGUUGCAAAAAAUAUGGGCAUACCAGAACAAAUUGCACAAAUUCUGCUGUAGUUCAUCCUUAUGCAAGAAAAUAUAGGAAAAAAAAUGAUUGA